AUGAAGAACUUGAGCAAGCUGAACAGCACCGCGCCGCCACCUCACUACCGCAACUUCCACGCUCUGAUCAUCGGUAUUUUACUCAUUAUAGUGAUCAUAUGCGGGAAUGUGCUUGUCUGUCUAAGUGUUUACAGGGAGAAAGCUUUAAAAACUACGACUAACUACUUUAUAGUGAGUCUGGCUGCAGCGGAUCUUCUUCUGGCUGUUUUGGUGUUGCCGCUGUACGUUUACGCAGAGUUUCAGGGUGGUGUCUGGUCCUUGGACACAGUUAUCUGUGAUGGACUGAUGACUAUGGAUGUGAUGCUUUGUACAGCCUCUAUAUUUAACCUGUGUGCCAUCAGCAUUGACAGGUUUAUCGCAGUGUCUGUACCGUUGGGCUACAAUCAAAAGCGUGUGGACUAUCGGCAAACAGUCCUACUCUCAGCAACCUGGCUCCUUGCUCUAGCCGUUGCCUCUCCUGUCAUAUUUGGCAUAAACAAAGUCCCACAACGUAACCCAAAGGUGUGCAAGCUGGAGGAUGACAACUACAUAGUGUAUUCUUCCGUCUGCUCCUUCUUUAUCCCCUGUCCCAUAAUGCUGCUGUUGUACUGUGGCAUGUUCUAUGGCCUGCGCCACUGGGAAGAGGCCCGUAAGAUGAGGCUGAAGAAGAGUAUCCAUACCUGCCGGAAGCUUCACCAUGCUGCCGCUGCUGCUGCAUUACCACCCCUGGCAGCACUGCCAACCUCUAUGCCUGUAUUUCCUCAUGUUAUCCAGCAGGACCUGACGCAGUGCAAUGUAGAUGACCUCGACGACGACAUGCAGUCCAGGUGUCACCUACCGCCAGUUUACAAUAAUAGUACCCUUCAGACUAUGACCUAUGCAGGAAGGAAGAAGAGGGCCAAACUUAAUGGCAGGGAGCGAAAAGCCAUGAGGGUCCUACCUGUUGUUGUAGGUGCCUUCCUCUUCUGUUGGACUCCAUUUUUUGUAGUUCACAUAACACAGGUUUUGUGCAAGUCAUGUGAAAUCUCACCCUACCUGAUGAGUACAGUUACAUGGCUGGGCUAUGUGAACAGUGCAGUCAAUCCCAUCAUCUACACCAUCUUCAAUGCUGAGUUCCGCAAGUUUUUCCACAGGUUUCUUCAUAGCUGCUGCUGUUGUUCACCUAAAUAA